AGUGAAUCAGAGAGCGGAGGUCGGUCCGCCAACGCUGACUGAACGAGUCCAAGUGCAAAGUUUACGCCUAGGGGGUUCAUAUCCUGCUUUCACCCGCCCCCCCAGGGCGCAGAGGGGGCGACACUCCACGGCGCUGCAGCAGGUAGCAGCUUAUCACCUGUGAUCACGAAGCCGGUCCGCGGGCUUGGAUGCGCGACUGGUACCCUCGCGCGCAGCGUCAGCUUCCAGAUAGUGGCCCUCCCCGGUCUAACUGCACCACCCGUGGUCCUCCACCCCCCUGCAGCCAUGGGUGGCAGUCUGGGCUGUCAUCGCUCCAUCCCAAGGGACCCGACCGACUUCAGCGGCGGCAAGCGCAAGUUCAGCGCCGCGUGCAACUUCAGCAACAUCCUGGUAAACCAGGAGCGGCUGAACAUCAACACGGCCACGGAGGAAGAGCUCAUGACCCUGCCGGGAGUCAGUCGCGCCGUGGCGCAGAACAUCGUGGAGUACCGGGACUGCAUCGGCGGUUUUAAGAAGGUGGAGGACCUGGCUCUGGUGAGCGGAGUGGGAGCCACCAAGCUCGAGGCCAUCAAACUGGAAAUCUGCGUGUCCAGCAGGACCAGCUCGUCCCAGCACUCCCCGUCCUCGCUGCGCAAAGACCUGGAGCCGUGCACGGGCAUCAACAUCAACACCGCCACCCCCGCACAGCUCAUGAGCAUCCGAGGCAUGACGGAGAAGAUCGUGAAGAACAUCGUGGCCUACAGGACGGAGCACGGCCCAUUCAGGAGCAUCGAAGACCUGGUGCGCGUGAACCACAUCAACAGCUCGCUGCUGGACAGAAUCCGUUUCCAGGUUUUCGUGGUGCGCUCCAGGGCGCCAUCCACAAACACCAACGGGGGUCAGGCCAGGAUGCACCCCAGCCCGACCUCAUUCAGCCUCAGGAGUGAAGACCUGGAUCUGCCCCCGGGGGGUCCGACCCAGAUCCUGUCCACGAGGCCGAACGUGGAGCCGUCGCCCAGCCUGCGGGACGGGAGGCCCGUGGUGCGCGUGGCCACCUGGAGUCUGCAGGCGUGUUCGUGCGACAAGGCCAACAACCCUGGCGUGAAGGAGGUGGUGUGCAUGACCCUGCUGGAGAAUGACAUCAAGCUGUUAGCUGUGCAGGACCUGCUGGACCGUGAGGCUCUGGAAAAGUUCUGCGUGGAGUUGAACCAGGGAACGCUGGGCAGCGUGCGGCGGUGGAGGCAGCCUCGAGGCUUGUGGAAGAGCAUCGUCUCUGAAAACCCAAGCACACACGUCGAUGCGGCAGUAACCUACUCAGGUUUCCUAUGGGACAGCUCGGCAGGUAUUGACCUUAAGAAUGCCGUCAUUCUGGACUCUGGGGUUGUUAGCGGGAAUCAGCUGUACCCCCGUCUCUACCUGGCUCGCUUUUUGGUGGGUUCAAGCGAGCUGACUUUAGUAAACGUCCACCUGCAGGCUGCAGGCGAGUCAAACAGUAACCACCGUGGCGCAGAUGAAGCCAGGCGCCAGCUGCUCCCUCCCAGCAUCCAGGAAACACUGAAAGGAGGCAAGGAGCUGCUGCUGUUGGGAAACUUUGGCUGUGGUCCUCAGAGCUCUGAGCUGGAUCUUCUGCGGAAGGAGAAGUUCUGCGCCCUGGUACCAUCCACCCAGUUCACCAACAUCAGCACGCGCUCGCCACAAGGCAAUCGCUGUCUGGACAACAUCUGGCUCAGCCGCUCCCUCAAGAAGAUCUACUCGGGUCACUGCAUGGUGGUUCGGGAGGGCCUGACCAACCCCUGGAUCCCAGAUAACUGGUCGUGGGGGGGUGUGGCCUCAGACCACUGCCCCAUCGUAGCUGAGCUCUUCAUCGAGCCAUCAUUCAAGGAUCUGAGCCGGACGAGUGUGGCGGGGGUGGAGAGAGGAGACGACUUCCCAAAGCACGAGAGAUGAUGCAUCCCCCUCCCUCCAUGUUUGACGUGGAGCACAGCUACCCCACAGAUGGUUGUUUCAUAGAAACUCCUAAGUCGAUAAGCCAUAGAAGAUGCAGAACUUUUUCUAUUUGUAUAUAAAUAAAGAGAAAUUAAAUGAU